AUGCUUAUCAAGGAGUUAAAAGAUGAUGAUCGAAGUUUUGAUUCAAUUACAUCUUCCACUCUACGUAGCUCCACACAAUAUAGUAUUACAAUAAAGGAAAAGCAGGAACAAAUUUUAAAAAUAGUCGAACGCGUAAAUUUUCUUAUUAAUGCAGCGUCAAACACAUUAGAUUGUUCUGGCGUGCAAAAUUUAGUUCGAAAUUUGGAGAAUAACCCAUUUGAACUCAUAGAUUGCAAAGAUUCUUUUGCGAAUCUUGUUACUUUUACGACUAAUUGCUUAAAUAUGGAUCAAAAUCCAGAAAUUUUGCAAAAUUGUUUAGAUAUUUUUCUAUAUUUACUUGGAAAUUUAGAUUUAUUCGGAGAAAUCUGGUAUUUAUUAGAAAUACCAGAUAAAUUACAACAGUACGCAUCAUAUCCAGAUGCCAAUCUCCAAUUCAUUACAUCAAGCAUUUUUCUCGACUUAUCAUCUGAUCCAAAACUAACUGAAGAAGAAUGCAACUCUUUGACGCAAAAUUUUAUACAGAUUUCUAUCCAGUGGGCAUUGAACCAUAGUAUUUUCAAAUGCCGUGAAAACUGUUUGCAAUUUUUAGGAAAUAUCUUCCAAAGUGAAUAUUCAUUGCCAGAAGAACUGAUAAACCAAAUUAUACAAGUAUCUCUUUCCAUUAUAUCCCAAAAUAAUACGGAAUUACUCGAAUCAGGCUGUUAUUCUUUAUUAUAUUGUUUGAAAAGCCUUGAUUUCGAAGAUACCAGUUAUCUACAUGAUAUUUGUAACCAAUACUGGCGAGUCAUAUCAGAAUACGCUCGAGAAGGCGAAAAAUUCGUUCUAGAAAAAGAUUCUGCUUCAUUAGCUUCAUUUUUCGUUGAAAAGAUAGAAAUAACAUCAGAAUUUGUAUCAAUAAUCAACUACAACUUGUUGUUCAAUACAAUUACCAACAAAUCCGAUGAAUUUGUUGCAUCAAUUUGCGGAUUAAUUAUUAUGAACACAAUUUGUGAAAAAUAUGAAGAUGUUCAAUCUCUUAUCAAUGAUCUACUGAUAGAUGGGCUAAUGAACAUACUUUCGGUACUUUACACCGGCCAAGUUCGUUCAAAAUUGAUCGCAAUGGGAAUUUUCAAAAAUUUGAUUUUUCUUGCCGAUGUAAACUGUCAAAUUGUCGCUGCCACUGACAUAUUUAUGGAGUCUGUCAUUGAUUUUAUACAUGAUUUCGAUGGAGAGAUGGCAAAAACGAUGCUGACAAUGAUAUUGAAGUUCUUUAUAAAUAUACAAGGUCAUGAAUUAUUCGGAUCUAUUGUAGAUCACUAUUCUGAACAUGGCUGGAUAGAUAAAUUUGUCGAAUUCGUGGAAGAAGAUACUGAAGAACUAGCUGAAACUGCGGAAGAGAUACUGAGUGCAAUAGGUUAUGAAUAA